AUGGUCAAGCGGGUUCUUGGAGAGGCAAGUCAACGUAAGAUUCAGCAGAUUUCCUUGUCAGUCUACACGGUGAAACGGAGAAUUAGUGAAAUGUCAGAUGAUAUCAUGGAACAAGUGAUACAGGAGAUUAAAUCAUCUCCAACUGGUAUGUUUGCAAUACAGUUGGAUGAGUCAACGGGUCUAACAGGAUCACCUGGAAAAAUUUGUUGUGGAGGCUGUACUGAUGGGGCUCCGGCGAUGCUGGGAUCGAAAUCGGGAUUACAGAAACACGUCAAGGAAGUAGCUCCGAGUGCCAAAGGGAUUCAUUGUAUGAUCCAUCGUUUUGCACUGGCGGCGAAAACCUUUCCUGAUGCCCUUUGCAAGAUCCUGGAGGUAGUGGUAAAAUGCGUCAACUUUGUGAAAACAGGAGAUUUGAACUCUCGCCUUUUCCAGAACCUUUGUAGAGGCAUGGAUUCAGAGCAUGAAACCCUCCUCUUUUACUACAAAGUGCGAAGGCCUUCCACCGGUAAUGUUGUGUUCGAACUUCGAGGAGAACUUAAGUUGUUCCUGGAAAUGAAAGGGAAGGAUGAUCUACUAAGUCACUUCAACGAGGUGUCGUGGGAGCCACGUCUUGCGUACCUGGCAGACACAUUUGAGCAGCUAAACAGGCUGAAUCUCAAGCUGCACGGCAAGGAAAUAAAUGUAUUUCACCACAUGGAUUGUAUUCGUACAUUUUUUGACAAACUCCAGAACUGGCAAAGGAAAGUCAGUGCAGGAAAUGUUGCCAUGUUUGAAAAUAUCUCAAUUGUUCUUGACGAGAUUGUAGAGGAUCAUCUACUUGACCCAUCACUCAAAAAUGAAAUAAUUCAGCACUUGAAAUCCUUGGAAAGUGAGCUCAAAAGGAACUUCCCAGUGGCCCAAGGUUAA